AAUAGCACGCUUCAGUUUUGCAGUCGAGAUCUUACCGGUUCUUAAGAAGCAGCCGUUCCCGUGGAUUUCAGCAGUAAAAUUUAAUUGUUUGCAUUAAGUCAUAAUGGCUGAUCGUGGUGGAUUUCGAGGCGGAUUUGGUGGACGUGGCGGCGGUCGUGAAGAUCGUGGAGGCCGAGGAGACCGAGGGGACCGCGGUGGUCGUCGCGGAGGACGGCGUGGCCGACGUGGAGCUAAGGAGGAGAAAGAUUGGGUUCCCGUUACCAAACUGGGCCGUCUGGUGAAAGAUGGAAAGAUCAAAUCACUGGAGGAAAUCUACUACCAUGCGCUCCCUAUUAAAGAGGCCGAAAUUAUUGAUAUGUUUUUGGGCCCUAAACUGCACGAUGAAGUGCUGAAAAUCAUGCCAGUACAGAAGCAGACGCGUGCUGGGCAGAGGACCCGCUUCAAGGCUUUUGUUGCUAUCGGUGAUCAAGACGGCCACAUUGGUUUGGGUGUCAAGUGCAGUAAGGAAGUCGCCACCGCGAUUCGCGGAGCCAUUAUUCUGGCUAAACUCUCCAUUGUCCCCGUACGCCGCGGCUACUGGGGUAACAAAAUCGGCAAACCCCACACCGUACCUUGCAAGGUUACCGGCCGAUGUGGAAGUGUCUUAGUCCGUCUCAUCCCCGCGCCCCGUGGUACUGGUAUUGUCAGUGGGCCAGUUCCCAAGAAGCUGCUGCACAUGGCUGGAAUUGAAGACUGCCACACAUCCGCUUCCGGCUCGACUGGAACCCUCGGCAACUUCGCCAAAGCCACCUACGAUGCGAUGAGCAAAACGUACAGUUACCUUACCCCCGAUCUUUGGAAAGAAAACGCUCUGGUUGCCACACCUUACUCUGCGCAUCAGGAACAUCUGUCUAAAGGCUUAAGAAAAGCUGUUAUUUGAGAUCCUUUGGGAUUCGUUUCGGAAAGAUUAUGAAAUAAAGUGUAUGUCUCGGAUGG